AUGGUAAUAAUCGAUACUAAUCUCGAUUUCGAGGACUAUUUUCCAUCGAUGAUUACAAGAUUAGGGGCAGAAGCAUUCAUAUGUGAGCUAUGCAUGGGAUUUCUUCUAUUAAUGGACGUAGAAAAAGGGGUUAUAACGUUUGAGAGCUUAAAAAGGAACUCAAUUUUGUUGGGUUUAAAUGAUAUGGGAGAUGAUGAAUUUUUAUGCAUGCUUAAUGAAGGAGAUCUUGAUGGAGAUGGGGCCCUUAGUCAAAUGGAAUUCUGUAUUCUUAUGUUCAGGUUAAGUCCUGGUCUUAUGGAUGAAUCUAGGCUUUUGAUGAUGAAUUUAGGUGCUUCCCUUCCUAUUUUAUCUUAG